AUCAAGAAAAUUUAAGGUUUAUAGGAAGGACUUGAAAGAAGCCGAGAUGUCAAGCAGUAGACAUGGCAGUAGACAUGAAACAAGUAGUCCGGAUAGUCGUUUUCACCGGGACUCAAUACGAGAAAAAGAAGGGACAAGAAGACAUAGAUAUGAACGGGAAGAAAAGACAUCAAGCCGUAGAAGAAGUGCUAGUCCAUGUGGAACGACUGAGGGAUCGGUUAGAGAAGAGAAUUUAACGUCAAGAAGUCGUUUGUCGGAAGAAAAACGGGCUAAAAACCCGGCAGCUAUUGCAGCGGCGGCAGCAGCACGUAUUAAUGCGAUGUAUAGUAAUAGGGCAUCAGUGCAACCGUCUUCUGAGCCUCAAAAACCAGCAACGGCACCGCCGCCGGCACCGCCGGUUUCUAUAGUUCGUGAUGUGUAUAAUCAAGAAGGAGAUUAUGUGAAGGAUAUUGAAGUGAAUGAUUUGAGGAAUCGAUAUACUCUUACAAAAGGAUCGACACAAAAGAUGAUUAAAGAAGAAACAGGAGCGGAUGUAACAACUCGUGGGAAAUAUUAUCCUGAUAAGGGAUUAGCUACAGAACGAGAUCCACCACUUUAUUUGCAUGUUACGGCAACGACUAAAGCAGGAUUAGAAGCAGCGGUUAAAAAAAUAGAAGAACUUAUGUCUCAUGAGCUUCCAUCACUUGUUGAUGAGAGACGAUAUCGAAAGAAAGAUGAUGUUGAACGGGAUGAGCUUGGAAGAAGAAAAUGGCCGGAAGAAAGGCUUUAUAUUGGACUAGAACCAAUUCGUGGAUUUUAUUUACGUGCUAACAUUGUUGGACCUAAUGGGCAAUAUGUCAAGCAUGUUCAGCAAGAAACAAAAUGUCGUGUUCAAAUUAAAGGUAUUGGAUCUGGAUUUAUGGAACCAGCUACUGGACGUGAAAGUGAUGAACCUCUUUACCUACAUAUUACUGGCCCUGAUCCCAAUGAAGUUCAACGAGCCAAAAGUUUAUGCGAAGAUCUGUUAAAAAGUGUCAAACAACAAUACGAACAAUUUAAGGCAUCACCACAUAGCCAAAAUUUUUCUGGAUAUCCUGGGUCAAAUAAUGCAUAUGGAACUGCAUCUGGGUAUCAAACUCCAGCAGCACCGGCUGGACCUCCUGGCGUUUCCGGAUCAUAUUCUGCAGAUCCUUAUGCGGCUUAUGGAGGUUACGAAGCAUACGUCCAAUAUUAUCAAUCUUAUUAUCAACACUAUUAUCAACAAGGAAAUUCAGCAAAUCCUGCACAACAAACACAAAAUUCCCAACAGACGGGAAACUAUCACACAAUUGCACCUCCUGGAACAUAAUAUUUAUAAUAUCUCAUCUACACUUUUCUUUGUACAUUAAAGU